AUGUCUGGUAUUAUGUUAAUCAGUGAAUUUGUGGAUCAAGACGUGUUUAUGCAUUUUUGGGGCGACAAUCUUGACAGCAUGGAGUUUGGAAGAGAGUGGGAGAUAAGUGCAGAGGAGCUGUCAGUUGUGAAUGAAGACUUUGAUAUUGAAAUGGCCGCAUAUAGUGGUUUUGAGGACAACAAAGAGGCGGAGGAGAAUGAAGAAGAGGACAGUGGAGAGGAGAACAAAAAUAUGAAUGACAAAGAUGAAGAAGAAGACAAUAUUAGUCAAGGUAGGAUAGAUGAUAGAAUGGACGAACCAGGUGAUAAAGAAUACUGGUUGAUGGACAGUGAUAGUACUGAGGACAAACAGUUCAAAUUUGAUUAUGGAGGGCUUGAGGAGAUCGGAUGGAAAUGA